CGUCCAGCGGGGUAAAGGCUCCAGCAAUGACUGAACCAGGAGCUGCAUCCUCACACUGACUGAACCGGCGGAUGAAGCGGAGCUACAGCAAAGUUGAAAACGGCGAGAGCCAGGCACAGAGUGAGCCACAGCAAGUGCGCUCUGAACAGGCUCUUCCCACAAGCAGUAGAUGUGACUACUUUGGAGAAUUGAACCAGGGACUGUGUAAGGUGGGAGUUACAUGGCUAGCCUCAGCACAGCCCCAAGCAGAAGCAGAAGCAGGAGCCGGAGCAGGAGCAGCAGCGUGAAUGAAGAUGGUGGUGCGCACUUAAGGUAGGCCUUCCUAAUAUCCUGUCUUAAGAUGAGCCAGGGGCCGAAUCUCGUACUCGAGUGGCUGACGAAGCUCCAUCUGGCCCAGUAUGUGGAGUCAUUCAUUGACAACGGGUACGACGAUUUGGAAGUUUGUAAACAGAUCGGAGAACCAGACCUGGACGCCAUAGGUGUAUGCAUUGAGUACCACAGGCACAGGGUGCUCACAGCAGUGCAGAGGCUGAAAGAGGAGGACAAAAGAAAAGCACCAGGCUACUAUUUCACCUUAGAGCCUCUGGAUGCCUCUUCUUGCCACCAGACUUCACGCUCAGACAGAGAGGAUGACUCCAGGACACUGAGGUCACACACUGGGGCCACAGGAAUACACCAGGCCUCCUGUCCUGGAAACCACAACCUGAAAUUCACAGAUUGUAAUGACUUUGUGACCUACCCAAAACUGAAACUGAAGGUACUGAUAAGGGAUAAACUUGCUAAAGAUGGGAUCAACCUUGGAGAAGCACCUUACACCCAUAAGGAUGGCUCAGUGGGGAACCUUGAUGACCUGGCUCAGGAGUACUCUCAGUAUUACGGCACCUCCCUCAGUGACGUGUGUGAAAGAAUGGAGGAGCUGCGGAAACGCAAAGUAGUGCAUGAUGCAGAGAUGGGAAAGGUUGACUCAGUGGCCACAUCAGUGCAGCUCCGCUCUCAGAUCCAGGAAUCCCUCGGACUCAGCAGUGCCACGUCCACUCCAGAGACAGAAAGAAGGUUUCCUGUGCACAAAUCUAGCUCUGAUGAUGGAUCAUCAGGAGGGAAAUAUGAUGGAAAGAGAAAGAGCAAGUCUUUUUGGCAGAGUUUCCGAAAGUCACAGAAAGGAGUGAUGCGUCAGAUUUCAAAAGGUGAUGACAUUGGUUUUGUGGCCAGUGAAAUUACCAUGAGUGACGAAGAGCGUAUCCAGCUGAUGAUGAUGGUGAAGGAGAAUAUGAUCUCUAUUGAGGAAGCCCUGGCACGGCUAAAGGAGUUUGAGAUUCAAAACAGACAGACGUGCAGGUCUGAUCCCACAGAGUGGACCGAUCCCUCCAGUCCCAGCACAAAUGAGUCGUUCAACUUCAACCCCUGUGACCUGUCAGACAAUGAACAAGAAGAAUCUGUUACGUUCAGGAGACUCCAUAAACUGGUCAACUCAACCCGGAAGGUGAAGAAGAAGCUGAUCAGAAUCGACGAGUCUAAGAGGCCUGGAGCUGAGGAGAGUCUAAGCAUAGAUGGUCUUCCCUGUGGAGAUGCCAGCACCUCCCUGUACUCAGGUGUGCUGAAGAAGCCUGCAGUUUGCCCUGUGGACUCCCUGGCUUCAGCUCUGCAGGAGCAGUUCAUAUACGACAGGGACUCUGACAGCCUGACCACCUCCCCCUCCUCUAGCAGUCUGGACACCUGCAGCAGCCAGAAAAUCUUCCAGGCCUUUGGCAAAUCUAACGAGAGCCCCGUUCACCAGGAGACAAAUGUAGCAGGGGAGCUGAGGGAGGCAGGUGAAGGCAGUGGCUCUUCAUUUUCUGAAACAGAGGGUUGCAAUGAGGAGGAGCCCAAAAUUGCUCGCUCAGUGACUGAAGGAGAGCUCCGUCACCGUAUCCUCAGCCCACUCAGCCACCAUGGGAGAGCUUGUAGCUUUGGAGGAUUUGACCUGACCAACCGCUCACUGCAUGCGGUGAUCUCUGACAGUGACACCAACAAAGAUGGAGAUGGUGGUGUGAGAGAUGCUGUUAAGUCUCCACCAACGUCACGUAUUUCCCUGGGCAAAAAAGUCAAGUCUGUGAGAGAAACGAUGAGAAAACACAUAUCUAAGAGAUACCACUGUUCUCUCUCUGAACAGUCAAGCCCAGACCGCACAUCCGGCUGCCCUCGCUCGCCUCAGAUAGACUCUGACUCUUUGGAGAAACCCAAACUGAAGCCAGGAGGGUCUGUAGAAAGCCUAAGGAGUUCCCUCAGCGGACAAAGUUCCAUGAGUGGUCAGACAGUGGGCACCACUGACUCCUCCAACAGCAACAGAGAAAGUGUGAAGUCUGAGGACGGGGAAGAGGAUGAGCUGCCUUACCAUGGACCCUUCUGUGGACGUGCUCUGGUUCAUACUGACUUCACCCCCAGUCCCUAUGACACUGACUCCCUCAAACUGAAGAGUGGGGACGUCAUUGAUAUCAUCAGUAAGCCACCAAUGGGUACAUGGAUGGGGAUGCUCAACGGUAAAGUCGGCACCUUCAAGUUCAUUUAUGUGGAUGUCCUGAAUGAAGAGGAGGUGAAGCCCAAAAAGACGCGCAGGAGGAGGAGGGCACGGCAACCCAAACCCACCUCUGUGGAGGAGCUCCUUGAUCGCAUCAACCUCAAAGAGCAUCUUCCCACCUUCCUUUUCAACGGCUAUGAGGAUCUGGACACAUUCAAGUUGCUAGAGGAGGAAGACUUGGAUGAGCUGAACAUUAGAGAUCCCCAGCACAGAGCUGUGCUGCUCACGGCUGUGGAGCUGCUGCAAGAGUAUGAUGGAAGCAGUGACCCAGAGCGAAGCAGUCAGUCCGGAGGCUCACAGGAGAAGCUGCUCUUGGAUAGGCGUGGCCUCAUGGGAGAUUCCCCGCGUGACUCAGGCUGCUAUGAGAGUAACGAGAACCUGGAGAACGGAAGGGACAAAAAGACCUCUUCAUCCAUGAGCAGGUCCUCCUCUGGUUUUGAGUCAAGCCACCUCUCAUCCCCAGAGUACCCCGCCCUCCCCCAGACCCUGAACUCCACCAGCCAUAGUAAGACUUUACUCCACAGUAAACCAGGAUGCCCAUCCUAUAUCUUACCGCCACUAAGACCCCCUAAGAACAUCUUAAGUCUCCUAAGCUCAGCAAAAGGUCACCUUCCCAGUGAAGCCAUUGCGAGGAGCCAUAGCUGCAUGGAGUUAAGAAAAAAAACAGCGAUGGGGCUGCUGAGGCGCUGCCUCUCCCUGUCAGGCCUCCACAAAGAGCAGAAGAAAAAAAACAUCGACCCUAAAAACUGGAAUCUGACCCCCAGUACCAAGACUGAGCAGAGCACGGAGCAAACAUUAAAUCCUCCAAAACAUUUUAAGGUCACGUUUCCAUCCUCCGAAUCUUCAACCGCAGCAUAUGAUGGUGUGUGUAGCACUUCAAGUGUAGACAAAGGAAAUGUAUUUGCCCCUAAAAAAGGAGAAACAACACAGAACACACACCUCAAGCUGCCACCCACAGUGCCAGCAGAAAGGUCCAGUCAUCCCAUAUAUAAAAACUCACACCAAGAGCCUUUACUAACAGAAACUGCUUGCAUGUACAACUACACAAACCACAUCUCUUCAGAGGAUAGGAGGAGUCGUUUAUUUUCAGCCAAUUCAGAAGCCCGCCGGCUGAAAAUGAAAAGACAGAGGAAGAUAUCCAAAAACUCAGUUAAUGUGGGUUCCCUGAUGGAAGAAAGACUCCGGUUGCAGGGUACUGAUCUUAAAUUGGAGCCACUUCCUGAAAUGGUAUUGACAUCAAAAGUACAGUAAGGUUUCAUUUUACAUAUGUUAAUUGCUGCUUUUGGAUAAUAACCAUGUUUUUUUUUUUAUCUGAAAAUGUAACAACAGAUUAUCUAAGAUUUACAAAAAUGCUGUAGUCUGCCAUAAAACCUAACAAAUGAUACAUUGAUAGAU